CCUCCCUCCCAGUCACUAGAGAUGGCUCGGAAGGAUCAGUUCCAAGCGUCCAAGGGUCAGAUGUUCCACAAAACAUGGGGUAGGCAGACCAGCUGGGGAAGGAGGCCAACUUGUGAAAGUGCAAGAUCCUCCUAAGCCACAAUGUCACUGCUGCUGUUUCUGCUGUCCUUACUGUUGGAUGGGUCUCAAGGUCAGAUGGAGAGAUACUUCCUACAGGUGCAGAGAAUUGUAAAGGCACAGGAGGGUCUGUGUAUCUUCGUGCCCUGCUCCUUCUCCUCCCCUGAGGAACACUGGAAUAACCGUUACCCAGCUUAUGGCUACUGGUUCAAAGAAACCAGUACCAAUAGACAAUCAUUUACAUUUCCAGUGGCCACAAAUAACAAAAAUAAAAAGUUAGACUUGGGAGUCCAAGGGCGAUUCCAGCUCUUGGGGGAUCCCACCCAAAGGGACUGUUCCUUGCUAAUCAAAGAUGUUCAGUGGACAGACAAGACAAGCUACUUCUUCCGGAUGGAGAAAGGACAUGAGAAAUACAGUUUUAAGGAGGGGUUCAUGCUGCAAGUGGAAGGCCUGACUCAGAAGCCAGAUGUCUUCAUCCCUGAGAUCCUGGAACCUGGGAAGCCAGUGACUAUUGUCUGCUUGUUUUCCUGGACCUUCAAGCAAUGCCCAGCUCCUUCUUUCUCCUGGACGGGGGAUGCUGUCUCCUUCCAAGAAACCAGACCACACACCUCCGAUUACUCAGUGCUGAGCUUUACCCCAGGACUUCAACACCAUGAUACUGAGCUCACAUGUCACCUGGACUUCUCUAGAAAGAGCAUGCAAAGGACUGUCCAACUAAGAGUGGCCCAUGCUCCCAGAUCUCUUGCUAUCAACAUUUUCCGUGACAAUGUGUCAGUCCCAGAAUUGCAUGGGAAUCCUUCACAUCUGGAAGUUCAGCAAGGCCAUUCUCUACGUCUCCUCUGUACUGCUGACAGCCAGCCUCCUGCUACACUGAGCUGGGUGCUAGAGGACCGAGUCCUCUCUUGGUCCAGCCCUGUGGGGUCUAGAACCCUGGCACUGGAGCUGCCCUGGGUGAAAGCUGGGGACUCUGGACACUACAUCUGCCAAGCAGAGAACAGGCUGGGUUCCCAGCAACAUACGCUAGACCUCUCUGUGCUGUAUCCCCCAGAAGACCUGAGAGUGACUGUUUCCCAAGCAAACAGGACAGUGUUGGAAAUCCUCAGCAAUGGCACCUCCCUCCCAGUCCUAGAGGGUCAAAGCCUGUGCCUAGUCUGUGUCACCUAUAGCAAUCCUCCAGCCAGUGUGAGCUGGGCUUGGGUGACACAAACCCUGAUCCCAACCCAGUCUUCAGAGCCCGGGGUACUGGAGCUGCCUCUGGUCCAGAGAGAACAUGAAGGAGAAUUCACCUGUGCCGCACAGAACCCACUGGGUGCCCAGCGCAUCUCUCUGAGCCUCUCCGUGCACUACCCACCCCAGAUGUCCAGACCCUCCUGUUCCUGGGAGAAUGAAGGUCUGCACUGCAGCUGCUCCUCCAGAGCCUGGCCUGCCCCCUCCCUGCGCUGGCGGCUGGGGGAGGGGCUGCUGGAGGGGAACAGCACCAAUGCCUCCUUCAAGAUCACUUCCAGCUCACUUGGACCCUGGGUCAACAGCUCCCUGAGCCUCCUUCAGGAGCUGGGGCCCAGCCUCUGGCUCAGCUGUGAGUCCUGGAACACCCAUGGGGCCCAGACCACCUCUGUCCUGCUGCUACCUGAUAAAGACACUUCCACAGCAUUCUCCAAGGGAGCAGUUUUGGGCUUUGGCAUUACGGUCCUUCUUGCCCUCUGCCUCAUCGUGAUCAUCAUGAAGACCCUACGGAGGAAAGGAAUCCAGGAGGAAACCUCAAGGCCCAAGCUCUCACGGGGCAGCACAAUCCUGGAUUACAUCAACGUGAUCCCCAAGACUAGGUCCCUGGCUCGGAAUUGGAAAGCUGAACCAGACACUCCUUCUGGGAUCUCGCCCCUAGACACUCACUUCCCUAAACCAAAGAAGAAGCAGAAGGACCCACAGUUUACAUCUCCUGGUUGUCUGGACCCCACAUCAUCCUCUCAGACCCCAGUCUCUGAAAAUAACCCAGAAGAACUCCAUUAUGCUGCUCUCAACUUUUCCCGCCUCAGACUGCGGGAGAUCCAGAAUCCCCAAGACACCUAUUCUGAGUAUGCAGAAGUCAGAGUCCAUUGAGAGUGUCCUGGACCUUAGGACUGAGACAUAAAUGGUAGAGUAAUAAAGAAAAGAAAGUAGAUUAUCUCCUUAAAAAUAAUCCUGGGGAGCAGUGUGUUAAGUGUGCUUGCCACCAAGCUCCAUGAACCCUUAGAUUGAUCCCCAGGAUCUGCAUAGUGGAAGGAACAUCCCACAAACCGUCCUUUGACUCCCCACAUGUGCACUGUGACUCACACCCAUGCAUGCACACACGUGUAAGUUAAAUAAAUAGAUGUACAAAACAA